UACAGAGCUUAUCAAGAACAAUAAUUCUAGCAUCAACAAUUGGAUAUCUAAUGUCACUACAGAGCAUAUCAAGAACAAUAAUUCUGGCAUCAACAGUCGGAUAUCCAAUGUCACUACAGAGCAUGACAAGAACAAUAAUUUUGGCAUCAACAAUUUGAUAUCCAAGCAAAAUAUAACUGACAAUUUUUCAUUGAGAACCCUGAUACGAAUUUAUCAGAAAGAUAUACAAAUCGAGGAUAUGGACUUGGACCAAAGUAAUUGGAUACCUCUGAAUAAAUCGACAUACCAUCUACCACGGCAGAAGAAUUGCGCAGUCGUUGGCAACAGUGGAAUUCUACGUAACAGCGCGUGUGGGGAAGAUAUUGACUCAAACGAUUUUGUUUUCCGCUGUAAUGUUCCAGAUGUUGACAAUUAUGUUAAAGACGUUGGACACAAAACGAAUGUGAAUAUUGUAUUCCAGACUACCAUGCUCGAAUUAUACGACCUCUGCACAAACGCCACACUCAAUGAAUCUACGCUGGCAGAGAGGUUAAACGUCCUCAAUGGCUCAAUAAUAUGGUAUCCAGAAAGUUUUAAAAGUAAAAUAGUUACUAACGAGACAGUAAAACUUGUUCUGAAAUGCAUAGAAACCAAAUUCAAUCUUCAAUUUCAGUUCGCUGUUUCAGCACUCGGUUUUACCGGAAACAUGCGAAGGCUUCUCAAUUUAAAGAAACCCACUACUGGAAUGAGGGCCAUUGUUGCUGCUCUAAGUCUCUGCGAACAUGUCAAUGUUUAUGGAUUUUACCCAUAUAUAUUUGAUCAGAAUGGCAAAAACGUAUCUUAUCAUUACUACGGUCCAUUCUUCAGAUUAGAUAGUUUCGACACAUCACACAAUUACUCCGCCGAGUUCCAUACAUUGCAAACACUGGACAAUAGAAACGUGCUAAGACUAUUUACGAAUGACUGCAAACAUUGAACAAUCGCGUCAUAAUCGGUAUCUUAUUUUCAAAUAAUUGUAAAUGAGCCGUCACGCCAAAUGUAAAGACUGUGGUAUAAGAUGAAACCAUGCAGGGCUGAUUCCUUUCGGUGUACCUUUUGUGCUUCUCAUGGUAUGACUCUGUCAAUGUGAAAUUGUUUCUGGACUUUUGGGAAAUUUGUUAUAUGCUUUGGGGUAGAAAUCUAGGUCUUCGUGCAUCUCCGGAUGUACAACAAAUACUACUUGAGGAUUAAUCUUAUACAUGCUUAGCAAAUUUCCUUAUUUUGUUUGCAAAACGUUUCAUAUAUUCGUGUAAGUAUAAUAAUCAGAAUCCAGAUUGUAUUGCUCACAACAAAUAUGUACAGUAUUUCCAAGAAAUUGAGUAUAAUAUAGCUGUUAGAAGAAAUAAGCUAAAUACUCGUAUUAAAAAAUAGGGGAGUUUUCC